AUGCCCAGACCAACAGUAGCACAACAACUUUGUCAUGAAAUUGUUGAACCAAUAUUAAAAGCAUCUGCUAAUAAUGUCAAGUCUAACAUGUCUAGAAAGUCCAUCAAAUGUACCAAUAGCAAAAAUGAAGCAAAGCCUACACAUUCAGUCUAUAUUGAAAAAAAGCGUGCUGUAAGCAAAAUUGUGCCUAUAGGAAAUACCAAAUCUGGUAUUAAUACUCUUAAAGCUCGAGAAACUAUAUUGAAGAAGCAUUUCAUUGAUUUCGGUAUAAAUACCUUAAUCUCUGGUCCACUAAGAUGUGACAAUUACUGUGUAACUAUGGUACGAAGCAGAGAUCAAAAUCCUUGUAAAUGUUCACAAAAAAAGAUUCAUUUAUUAUUGGAAGCGGCAAGAGAUUUAAUAAACCAAUUAUGCACAAAAUUUUCAGCUUGCCCUAAUAGAACAGAAAAUGCAAAUCAUUUUGGAGGUAAUAGAUGGGCAUUAUCAGACUUUCCAAUAAGAGGGCCAGAUUUUUAG